AUGCAGCAGUGGCAAGUCGGCCCAGUGCCGGAGUACAUCUACUCCAACUCCACCCCCCAUCAACCUAACGACAUGCAUCCUCAGCACCCCUACCAGCAGGACAUGUCUCGUCGGGAUCAGCAUCCCCAGUUUCCUCAGUACGCCCCGCCGCCUCAGCAGAGUCCGGCACCCCAUCAUCAGCAGGCCACUCCGGUCCAGCCUCCGAUGCAAAUCCCGCAGCCGCCUUCGCAAGCUCCGGCCCAGCCCCAGCACCCGGCGCACCAGGCCCAGCAUCCGGCGCAUCAGGCCCAGCAACAUGUUCAGCACCAAGCUCAGCAUCAGGCUCAGCAUCAGGCCCAGCAGCACCAGGCCCAGCACCAGCCCGCACCCCAGGCUCCUCCCCAGACGAACAGGAACCGCAAGCGCCCGGCUCCCGCUCCGACCCCGGUUGCUCCUCCGGUUGUGACCAGCGCCCCGCCUAUGCCGGCCGCUCAACCCGCUCCUACCGCAACUCCUAUUCCCCCGCCCGUUCAGCCACCUGCUGCCGCCGCUCCCCCUCCUCAACCUCAACCCACGGAAGACGCCGCUGCUCCGGCGCCUCCCCCGGCCAAGAAGAGCCGCACAAAUACCCCAUGGACCCCGGCUGAGGAGCUCCGUCUGAAGCAGAUGAGAGACGCCGGCAGCAGUUGGGCUGAAAUUGCCAAGACCUUCCCCACACGCACUGAGGGUAGUGUUAAGAAGCACUGGUACAAGGAUAUGCACUACGCAGAGUUUGCUGAAGACGAGUCCCAAGCUCUUCUCAACGCCAUCAAGGAGUACGAGAACAACAAGUGGAAGGUCAUUGGGCAGAAGGUCGGAAAGCCCGCAAAAGCCUGCGAACAAUACGCCAAGGAGCACUUCCCGGGUAUGCCCUCUCUCAACAUCGCGUCGGCACGGCCGCAGUCGCAUCAACGGUACUAA